AUCUCCACAGCGACCGCAUGGGGCGGGCACCUUACACUGUUGGGCUGCAGCACUCGGCGCCCGGGGCGUGCGGGCGUGCGGGUGGGCUGGCGGCCGCCGAGGGUGACUCCAGACCUGGGAGGAUGAGCGGUGGUCCCCGGUGACGGAUGGAGGGAAGCAGCUCCUGCAGGGUUCCCUGCGGCGCUGGUCAGGCUAGGAGCAAGGCUGCAUCCCCCUCCAGAGACGCUCACGAGGGUGUCAAGGCGGUCAUCCUCUCUUCUUCAGCAAUUUUAGACUUGAGUCAAAGUGGUCUUCACCAUUUAGGAGAGAUCUUUAAAGUUCUCAACCUCAGACAAUUGCACCUUCAGCAAAACGCCCUCUGCACGAUUCCUAAAGACUUCUUUCAGUGACUGCCAAACCUCACCUGGCUGGACCUCCGCUCUAAUAGGAUCACAGCGCUUCCUUCUGGGAUCGGCUGUCACAAGCAUUUGAAAACUUUGCUUUUAGAAAGAAAUCCUAUCAAAAUGUUACCUGUGGAGCUGGUUAAAAAGAGGACCGUGAGUGAGCUGCCGCAUCCCCUGUUGGAUUUAUCCAAAGAGCGUGUGCCUGACAAAGAAGCCAUUCAUUCUCAGGAGGCAAAGGGAACCGUGUUAACAGAAAAGGCAGGCUUUUUCCCACCUGUGGAAAACCUAGACCCGCGUGAGCGCAGAAGGUCCACCGAGCCUCCGGAGGACUGGCCGAGCGAGGAGGAGAUCAGGCGCUUUUGGAAGCUGAGGCAGGAGAUCGUGGGGAGCGAGCCCGCGGAGGUUCCUGAGAGCCAGCGCCUGCCGGUGGAGCUGCCCCCGGCCCUCAAGGCGGUGCUGCGCGACAAGGAGAUGCGGCGACCCCGCCCGAGGCCCGUCUUCAGGACGAGGACGCCCUCCUUCAAGAGCGUCCUGCCCGAGCUGGUCCCACGGCAGCAGGCCCUGGGCCGCACCAGCCUGCCGGAAGAGAGCCGGGUCCUGGCCCUCCGGGAGCUGCGGGAGAAGCAGGCCCAGCUGGAGCAGUGCAGGAGAGACAAGCGAGCACUGCAGGAGUGGAGGGAGCUGGCCCAGAGGACGAAGAGGAGGAGGGGGCUCAGCCACCUCCCGACCCCACGGAGGAACCUGGUGGCGUCCAAGAUUCCCUUUGCCACUGACCUGAUAGGUAAUGAGAAAAUACCGAUGCAUUCGCCUGGGAAACUGAAACAAAGCAAAGAGAAAUCAUUGCAAUCAUGUCAGGAAAUGAGGCCAGGAGGCUGCAGGAUGAGGCAAUGAAACUAAAACCGAGGUCGACCUUGAACAGAAGCCAUCAAUGUACAGCUCCCCCUGGAAGCCUUUCGCUUGGCCUGACUUUGUCGCAGCCUCAGAAUAUAUUUUUUAACACGAAGUAUUAAGAACCUGAAAAAGUUUGCAGAUACUAAUGACAGAGUAUCACUGGUGCGGACUGAGCAUGUUCUCACCUGGAAAACAGGCCGGCGCUCGCUGCCUUCCCAGGGUCGCCCCUGUGUGGGGCGUGAGGUUUACGGGUCCCCAUCUGCGCUGCCUAUUCUGAGGCUGCAGGAGGUCUGAGCUGCAUUAAGAGGAGAAUACGGUGACCGCCGCGUGGCGUCCGUUUGCAGCCCGUCGGCUGGCAGAACGUGGUGUCGGCACCUGUGCCCCCCGACCCUACUCACAGCGGGGAUCAAGCUUUCACGACUGACUGCAGUGGGGUCCGAGGUCCCGUGGGACCGUCUUUGCUGGGGAGGCAGGAGUGCCCUCCUCCUGCCCCGGGGGUGCCGCUCCCCAUCCCUGGGCGCUGCCCCUCCCCUGGCCCUGCAGCACCGCCAGGCCCCGUCCCAGGCCCCCGGGCUCUCACCCAGAGUCGGCCCGACUUGGUCUCUUGUGCCGAACGUCUGAUUAGAUGUGAAAUAAGGGCCUGAUCUUGAAAAGAUCUUUGAUUCGAUUUCUUUAACAGAUGUAGAAUAAUUCAGAUUUUCUAUUUCUUUUUGUGUCAACUUCUUUGGUAGACAUGUUUUUCAAUGAGUUUUUCCAUUUCAUUCAAGUGGUCAGGUUUAUCAGCAUAAACUUCUUCAUAAUAUCCUCAUAUUUUCUCAGUCACUUAGGACCUGUAACAAUGUUCCCUUUCUCAUUACUAAUGUUGUUCCAUUUUCCUUAAUCUUGCUAGGGAUUCAUCAAUUUUGUUAAUCUUUUCGAACAACCACUGUUGGCUUUGUCGAGUUUCUGUUGUGUUUUCUGUAUCAUCAAUUCCUGGUCUUCCCCUUCUUUUCUGUUUUCUUUGGGUUUAAUCAGUGCUUAGAGGGAACUUCACCACUUUCAAAUGCAUAUGUCAGAAAGGAAGAAAUAUGUAAAAUCCAUACCCUGGGCUCCCAACUCAGGAAGCUAGAAGAUGUGUU